CUCCUUGAUCAGGCUCUCGUUUUUCUCAACCCACCCACCAACUGUUCGACCAUUUGCCUAAGAGGAUAUCGACUGUGUUUAUUUUGCGGGAAACGCGUCGGAGUUUCGGAGAUGGCGGGAAGCGAUCUACGUGGAUGGGUGAGGAUCAUCUUCUGAAGCAAAUGGUCCGGUGCCCACUCCUACCUCGUGGGUUUACAGUCUCAAUUAGAGUGAGAUCCAACGCUCAUCUCCAAGGUGGAAACUCGCACCGGUGGAACUCUCUUGUGUACGAAGCACUAGUCGGCCGAGACAACACCACCGUGGUCUUCGUCAAAGGCCUCAAUCUCCGCCCUGAACGGGUCUCCAACGCGUCGAGAUUUAAGUGUGUUUACGGCUUGGGAUUUUCGGAAGGUCGAGUUUUUGCUAAGAUCCGAUGUCAUGUCGAUUGCUCAAGAAAUUGCGUGCUGUAGAACACCCUGAGUUUGCUCAGCAAUCCCAAUAGAACCCAUGAUUCCAUUUAAGUAUCCAUUCGUAGGAACUUGGCAUUCAGUAGCCCGCCCAUUGCUCCCAUCAGGAUCCACAACACCUCACCGGAAGCCCCACGAGAUGUGCGUAUGCACAGUGGUGCGCAGUUUCUUAAGGAAUGGAUCAUUUACCAUGCCAUCUCGAUGUACGCCGCUGGUUCAUCUGUGGAAACAACAGCGUUGACGACAUAGAAGACGUGAUUGCAUCAAUGUCCACUGUCAAACACAACAUUUCUCGACAUAUCUGGCCCUGGAUUAAGACCCAAUAAGCUGGUUUUGCACAUUGUGCAUUACGGGCUCGCGAUUCUUGCAAGUGGGUCGGAUUCAUUGAUGUCGACUAGUUCUUCUACCUGCCAAAUGGGCUAUCUCUGCUCGACGUGCUCAGAAACCAAGCCAAAAACGUUACCGUUGUGGAGAUACGCGUGUCCUGCCACAACUUCGGCCCAUCCGGGCUGUCACGGAUGCCGCCGCAGGGGGUGACGGUGGGGUACACUCGCAGGAAAGCGGUGGCGGAGAGGCACAAGAGCAUCGUGAACCCGGAGGCUUUGAACUCCACAUUGAUCAACAUGGUGCAUCAUUUCCACUUGAGAGAUGGGUUUCUGUGUAUGAAUUUGGAGAGGUCUGAGAUGGUUAUAAACCAUUACAAGUACCAAGUUUGUGAAGUGUUCAAGGAGAAGUUUCACAAGCGUGUGGCGACGGAUUGGCAGGAGGAGCAGAAUGUGGGCUCAGAGGACAGAGCACCAGGGCUGGGGACCAAGGCAGUGAAACCAGAGGACUGGUCGAGCCGUUUCAGUGAGGUCAAUGACACUGGGCUACGGGAAAUGAUUGCAUGCAGCUUUUAAACACAAAAUAGAAAAGAAUAUGGCGUUGAAAAAUUAUGCAUUUAAAAGAGGAAGAGAAUUGUGAAUCUAAUCCUCCAUGAAGAGGACCCAAGAUUA